UUAAAUCUGAAAUUAUUAAGAAAUGGACGAAAGUUAUUAUAAUCAGUUUAAAAUCAAAGGGGUAGAAGAGAAUGCUAAUUUCAAUGUUGUCAGAUGCUCCCUUUACUUUGAUAACAAGAUGAGUAAGGACAAGGGCAAACCUAAGCAGCAUAAUAUUUUUGAGUUCUUGGGUGUUAGCAGAAGAGGUAGCUGUCAAAAAUCAUAUGUAAAGAACCACAAAGUAUCUCCUCUAGCAGCCAGCGGCUUGCUAAACGGUUCGAAGUGUGAAGGGAGGAGCUCCUUUGCCAAGAAUAUUCCCAAAAAGCCAGAAAGAGGAUGAUCUAAGUACAAGAAAACCGUACAUAAUUAACAUUAGUAGGCUCUUUAAUACAUUAAUCUAAUAACCUAAUCUUUUGUCUUUGUGUUAGCUCUGGCCGAGUAUUUCUUUAAGCGCACGAUUAAUUUCAAAGUUACAUUUUAGCCCAUCUCUUUCAUUCUUUGACAAGUUUUGGGGAAGCCCUCACCAAUGACUCCCGGUGAGGAGGAAGGAUCGGUUUGAAGGAGCUCAAUUAAUUGCUAGUCUUCUG